AUGUUCUGCCGUCGGCUCCUACGAUGGCGGGCACUGAGCACCCAUGCCCGCAACGUCAUCCCAGCCAACGCAGAACUUGCCGCUGGAGCGUACGAGCCGCCGCCUUUCGAUUUUGAGGCCAUCGACGCCAUCUUACAAUCCAGGGCUAAAAAGACACAGCAUGAAAGCUCUGAAGUGGCGCCUUCGUCGAUUUCCACGGCUCAACCUCCGUCUAAGGAACGUGGAAUAGUGCUAGAAAAUGACGAGAAAUCGUUGUUUUACUUGUUUCUCAGAGAGACGAAUGCAGUCAUCUUCGCCGCCACCGCCCUGGCGAAGAAGGGCAAACUGCUUGCAUCAGAUCAACCGUCAGAAGGCCAGUUCGAGAAGACCCAGAGCGAAUGGCUCUGCGAGCGCAUGGCCGAUCGACUACUAUCCUACAGUGUCGAUAAUCGCAUCAUCGUGCUGCAGCGGUCACUUGCGGGAUGGCACCACUCUAGACAGCACCAUUGGCACCGUUUGGCGAAAACGGCGCUGCGGAGCUGCUUCCUCAACGACGAAUUCCCGAACGCGCAGCACGCGGCCAAGAUAUGCGCCGCACUGAGCAAGUGGCGGUGCAGGGAUAUCGCCGAGGUGAGGCAGAAGCUUAACCUGGCCAUACUGGCCGCCGAGGGGUGGAACGUCGACAAGGCUUCGCACGUUCUGUGGAGUCUCACGCACCUGAGGGAGUUCGAGAUGAGCGCAUUUGAUUACAUGAACAACGUAGUUGCCACCGCGCUGUCGAAGCCGGAUUUCGACGCGACGUCGUUGAUGGAUGACACCGUCCACCGGAUCCUGAACGCUAACAUCGUUAGGAUGUCACACACAGGUAGACAGCACCGUGCGGUCCUCACUGUGCUAAGGGUGCUCACUGAGCAGCCCCAUGCGGUCAGCCAUCUGAGCCCCAAAACGAUGCUGGCGGUUUCCGCAGCGAUGCCGCUCUGUUCGGAGAUGGGCAUCACGGAGCACAUUGCGCGAAGGCUAUCGAGCUCUAUGCACAAUUUCACGCAUGUGCAAGCAGCUCAUGUGUUUUACAACUUCGCUCUGGUUGCGCCUAGCCUUCCUUCGGCCGUAGUGGACCAGCUCGUCGGGGCACUCUUUGACUUCAAGGAGACACUGUACAAGACCGAGGCUGCUUACGUGCCCAGCCUGACCGCGAAGUUGCUGUUCACCUUCAUGACAUUCUUACGCGGCUUGGACCAUUGUUUCAUCAGCAAGUGCCUCGCCGACCUGAACGCCAACCUGCAUCUGCUAGGACCUUUCUCCUUGGUGGGCAACCUGCAAUACAUCAAACUUUACAUGGAUUCGUCGACCUGCGACCUUACGGGCCAGCAGUUAACCAGUUUGCAAAACACGUGGAACAACAUGGUUAAGACGGACGAUUACGGCGAUUUUGUGAAGCCGCUCUUCGGCAAGGAUGGACAAGCUCCAUUAGAUAAUCUGAAGCUGUGGCAUUACGGCGCCCUUUACAGGCUCACAAAGCUCGGAUAUGAGCCUAUGAUGAGGCAAAUUGACAGCUUCAGAUGCGGCGUUGGUACGGACAACGUCACACCGGCCAUGAAGGACUUUUUGCUUUUUAUUGUUAACGUGAGCGCUCAACGGGAAGUGAUCGCAGACAGAAGGAUGCUAAAUGCCAUUCUAAUCCUGGCUUCACAUCUCAGGGACAUGUCCGACGGCAACGCCAGGGCGGAGGAAUACUGGGAACCCGUGAAGUUCCAUAUGGCGGCGCUAGGAAUCCUAGACAUCUUCGAGCGAGAGUGCGAGGCCUCGCCGUCUAGUGCAGCUAAGUCGGGUAACGAUAUACCGACUAUGACGGCACUACGUCUGGCAAUGACGGAGUCGACUGGCGGGUGUGAUGCCGACCCGAUUUUUGCGUGGUUGAGGAGUAAGGCACUCGGAGCUACCGCUGCCGACGUCGAGAAAGAUGCGCUUGCCGUGCGUUACGUUAUGUUCAUGUGCCUGAUACGCGACAACUUUAUCGCCUCGAUGCUUAAAAAUGCGUCGGAUGAGCCUAUUAUGAAGGUACUGAAGCAGUCGUUCUACGCCGGGGCGUGUGGGCGGCUUUUCCACCCCAAAGACAGCACCGACCCAGUGGUCAGCGAGGUUCUGGAAUACCUGAACGCCUCGUCACAGAUACCAAUCGUUCCGGUAAACAGCGGCGUCGCCCAUGCCAAGCUUUUUUUCAUGCAAGACACGCCGCGACUUCUGCUGCAGCUGCUACCCGAGGUUGCGCUGGCCGAACUGUGUUGUCAGCAAAGGCAUCAUGUGGAACUGUGGGACGUCGCUGCUUGGCUACAGGGAUCAAAGCAGAGCGAUUCGCUGUGUAGGUACCUGGAAGAGGUUGGGGAGGCAAAGCCGCUGAACAGCAGGACGUCGUUCAGGGAGCUUGCAGGCAACGUUGACCGCCCCCUCUUCGAGGUCAAAAGGGUCAGGCGUAACUUCAACUUCGGCCCCUACAUGUGUCAUGUUGGCCUUUUCGGCGACGAGGAUUCGCAUAUCGCAUUGCUGUUCGUGCACACCCUCAGCGGCGUAGGCGGGGGAGACAGGUUUGCGGAGCACAUCUUCGACGUCCAGCGCCGAAAGGCGCUGGGAAUCCUGGGUGUGCAGUACAUAGAUCUGUUAAAAUUGACAGACGGAAAUAAUUAG